AUGCAAGAAGGAUUAACAGAAGAGCUCCACAGCAGCCAACCAUGUCAGAGCAAACUAAACAAGCAUGCUGGAGCACUGGUUAACAGAAGCAGAAAGACUAUGGUGACAGGAGGUGGAGGCUACCUUGGAUACAAUCUGGGAUGUGCUCUUGUCAGGUCAGGAAUUGCUGUUGUUCUGUUUGAUGUACGGAAACCUAAAUGGGAGAUUCCAAACGGAGCAGAUUUUUUCAAGGGCGAUGUGAGGGAUUAUGAUGCAGUGUUCAAAGCAUCUGAAGGGGUUGACUGUGUUUUUCAUGUGGCUGCAUGUGGAAUGUCAGGAUUAGAACAACUUCAGAAGAAAGAUCAGAUUGAAUCCAUAAAUGUCGGAGGCACAAAAAUAAUAAUUGAUGUCUGCAAACAAAGAAAUAUCCCUAGACUGAUAUAUACCAGUACAGUGAAUGUGGUAUUUGGAGGGAAUCCUAUUGAAGAAGGAGAUGAAGAAACUGUGCCAUAUUUUCCACUGGAAAAGCAAUUUAAUCAUUAUUCUAGAACAAAGGCAAUUGCAGACCAAAUGAUUCUUGCUGCUAAUGGAACUUUACUCAAAGGAGGGGGUCAGCUCCACACUUGUGUGCUACGUCCACCGGGCAUAUAUGGACCAGAAGAGCAGCGCCACCUGCCACGAGUAGCCGUAAAUAUCCAGCGGAGACUAUUUAACUUCAAGUUUGGGAAUCACAAAGUUCAGAUGAACUGGGUUCACAUAGGAAAUCUAGUACAAGCUCACUUACUAGCUGCUGAGGCUCUCACCUCUGAGAAGGGUUAUGUAGCUAGUGGUCAGGCGUAUUACAUACAUGAUGGUGAAAAUGUCAUAUUUUCUGAAUGGAUAGUCCCUCUAUUUGAAAAAUUAGGCUACAGGAAACCCUGGAUACAUAUUCCUGUUCUCCUGGUUCAUAUAGCAGCCACUGUGAUGGAAUAUCUGCACCUGAUACUAAAGCCAGUUUUUAGCUUUACACCUUUCUUGACAAGGAAUGAGGUGUGGAAUGUUACUGUAACUCACACUUUCCGAAUAGACAAGGCACGAAAUCAACUCGGUUAUAAACCCAAGAAAUUCUCAUUUGCUGAUUCUGUGGAUCAUUAUCUUAAAACAAGACCUACUUGCCAAGAAGAUCACACAUUCCUUAAAAUGGUAUUUGCUUUUGGCAUUUUGUUAAGUUUGAUCAUUCUUUCUUUCUUCUAA